AUGUCCAGGUUUAUGCAUAAACCAUGUGAAGGGCAUUGGACUGCAUCACAACGAGUGCUAAAAUAUUUAAAAGGAACCCAGACUCUCGACAUCAAAUAUUCAAAGGUAUCAGACUUUCAUCUCAUUGGCUAUUCUGACUCAGAUUUUGAUGGUGACAAAGAACAUGGGGUGUCUACUUCUGGUUAUUUGAUGACUCUUGGAUCAACAACUGUCACUUGGAGAUCAAAGAAACAAACAGUUCCUACUGACUCUACUACUCAAGCAGAAUAUGUAGUAGCAGCUGAAGCCACCAAAGAAAUUGUGUGGCUUGAGAAAAUUCUUGAGGACUUCCAGGAAAAACAGAUGACUUCAAUGCCUUUAUUUGUUGACAACAAUUUUGCGAUUCAAUUGGCCAAGAAUCCAAGAUUUCAUGAUCGAACCAAGCAUAUCAACACCAAAUAUCACUUGAUUCGACAUCAUGUUGAGACCAAAACCAUACAUUUGAAAUAUUGUUCCACUGUAGAGCAAAUUGCUGAUAUCUUUACCAAAGCACUGGGUCAUGUAAAGUUUGAACGAUUCCGACUGCUGCUUGGCAUGACAGAUGUCCCUUCGGAUUAA